AUGUGUCGAAUUCUUAAGAAGCUCAGACACUUUAACAUCUCAGUUGUCAUUUGUGUACAGACAGCAAAGAGUUUAAGUAAGGAUGUUAAAAGAAUACUUACUGAUAUCAUACUUUUCCCUGGAUUGUCCGAAGACGAUUUCAUGGAACUUAUGAAAGAGUCCAUGGCAGGUAAGUUUGACAGACAUGAACUAUGGGAGAAGUACAAAGUCAUACAAGACCCUCAUACUUCUUUCAGAAUUCAUAUCUACGCAAACAAAGUUCAAAUUGUAAAAAGUCAAGCUUGA